AUCAACCUACAGUGAUACCUCCAAUCGGGUAAGUAACACUUCAGGCAGGGAGCAUGUAGGUCUCGGGGACUCUGUCAAUUCUGAGAGAUGUCACGCAACAUAGAAAAGUUGACCAGGGUUACGUUAUCGUGAGACUUAAAAUGUCAUUUGGAAAUCUUGCUGGUGGGAGUGUCAUAGAUUUAACGAAAUGAUAAUAGUAUUGAAAUUCUGAAGAUUUAUGUUAUAAAUUUUUGUUCUUGGUCUCUCUUAACCUUGGUCACUUUUAGUUGGAGAAAAAGGAGGAGUGAAUGGAUGUGUGAUUGGUGUAUAAUGACUAGCAAAUCUUUUUGUAGGUGAUUAGAGGUAAGUUGAAUAAGAAAAUCCUCAGGGGGUCCCACUAUGUUCUUAUAAAUCAAGCAGCAAAGCUAAAUGAGGAAAGAUGCAUAUUUUAAGAUCAAGCAAAAUGCACGGAUUACCUGGUAUCAUGAAUUCAAGAGAACAGUUUUUACGGCUGUUGUGUAGUAUGUGUGUAAUACUUACUAUUAGCCAUGUAGGGAAUUGCUAAGGACUGCCACUUAAAUACUGUAAAGAAACAAUGACAUUGCUAGUCAGGAAUUUUUUUCCUGUUAUUCAUUAUGGGGGGGAAAUACAAGUGUGAAGUAAGAAUCAAUGGGAUAGGUUUCGCAUGAAAUAUAAAGGGGGAGGGGGGUGACGUGAACUAUUAACACUAUCUUUGUCACAUCACUGGAAGCCAAUUGAAUGUUGUCACUUCUGUUGGGGUGGAUCCAGGAAGGAAGCUGGCUUCGAUCCCAUUUCCCUCCAAGAAAUGCGUAGAUACCUAAAUUGAGGGAUAGAUAUGAUAAUUAAGAGGGAUGGGCACAGGCAUGGGGCUCCCAAAUCCAAGUGAAUGAAUACAUCUGAUAAGUAAAUAGGUUGACUUUUUUUUAUGUCCAUGGAAAAAAAAUUUGCAAACUUGUUUCAUUUUGUGGAACACUUCCUCUUGUCAAAUCAUCUUUGAGUUACCAAAAAAAAACAAAAAAAAAACGGAACCUGCAAGCUCUUGUCUACAAACCUGACUGAGGUCAGAUUGACAAAUUUUGUCAUCACAUAAAUAGGUUAGGUCUGACAUUUUCAUGUUCAGCUGGCAAACAGUUUUGUAACAAGCGUGUAGUUGCUAUAAAAUUACACCCAAUGUGGUGCAUUAAGUCCCUGAGAUUUAAUCAAUAAUUACACAGAAUAAAAAUGAGUUUGGUAGUAUGUUUGAUAGUGAAUUUUAACCACAGUUUUUCUGAGAGUCAGUGACUAGGUUUUGUGGCUCAGCAAACCAUUGAUUUCCUUUCUUUUGAGUGGAGACUGAGGUGAUGGGAUACUGCCUCAUUUAAUAAAAUAAUUGAGCUUCAAAGAUGUGGACUUUGGUAUGCUCUGGGAGGUGUUGAUGUUGCUGUCAUUGUCUGUUGUCUCAGAAUAUUGGAUUACAGACCCAGCUUAGAUGUGGAGUCAAUAUGGUAUUGGUGUACACACAACAAAGAAAUGAGUGGCCCUGUCAAUAAUGUGACCAUUUAGAAUGGCUACUUUAAGAGCUGAGGAAGAAGCUCUCUGCCAUCUUGAACUGUAUAAUCAGAGACUGGCCAUUUAAUCCUUUCUAGAAGUUUAGGUGAGAAGAGAAACAAUGGGUUAAUUUCUGUGGAAUUUACUGUUAUCUGAUGUGGAUCAUUAUGAGUGUUGCAGAAGCUUAUCAUUUGUGGGGUUAACAGAAGGAUAGCUUAUCAACUGACCUCCUGAAUAGUCUUUGAACUGACCACCCCAUAGGGAAGAAUACAGUUGUUCAUCUGGGUGUCUACUGUAUUCAGUGACCAUCUGGUGCCUUGUGUCUGCUGCUGGUAGGCAUGUUUCUCUCCCACGGUGAACCCCUCUUAGCAAGUCUGAGUGUAUGUGAGACUAUUAAUAGCCUAUGAUUUUUGGAGAAGCUAGAAGGUGCUCUUGUGUAGGAAAUGUGAUACUAGCUUAUAUUCUGAGUAACAGGCAGAACGUUGGAGAAGGGGGCGCCAUCUUGUAUAUAGACCUCUUUUCAUAACUAUUUCGAGGAAUAUUUUCAGAGGAUUGUGCGAUUGUGGUGGACAAUUUCAUGUUUGAAGUUCAAGAAUACUCUCAUGUGACUUUUGGACAAGCGCGUGUGGAAUUAUUUAAUUAAUUAUGGAGGGAAAUCCGUCAGCCAUGUAGUGGAAAAUUACCUGCAUAAAAAACUUCUUUGUAUUCUUUUGUAUAUAAUUUUAUUUUAUUUUGAUGGUUAUAUUCUGAUUUAAACAUUUUGAAAAGUUUAUACAAAUUGUACAUAGUAUAUUUUGGCAUUAAUUUUGAGUAAAAAUUCCAUUUGAAGAUACCAAAUUCAAGUAAAACUAAAUUGACCAAAAUAUAUUGGAAAUUCCAGUACAAACAGGUGAACUAUUGAAAGUUGAUUAAAGUGAAAAUAUUGAAAAACUGAGAUUUGACAACAAGUGACUGGUGGGGUAGUGAAUUAGGCUUUUUGUGUGUAGUGAGACUAUGAGAGUGGACUAUUUACAGUCUAAAACUUAUAAUCCUGUGGGAGAAUGGAGAAUGCCCACUUCCGGCCUUUCCUCUAAUUAUAUUCCUUCCUCUAGCACCACUGCUGCCAGAUAUGGUUUAGGUGCCUACCGCAGUGGUGCAUUAAGUGGUAGUAGUCAUAGCAAUGGUGUGAGUGAAACCUGGUCCAACUCGGUAAGUCAUGCACAAAAUUUCAUUCCAUAAACUCGGAGUUUACGAUAAUCUGAAAGAUUAGGAAAUCAAAAAUUUUAGAGUUUAUUAUCAAGAAGUGGCAGUUUUUAUGUAAUUCAGAUUACACAUGUGCUAAUAGUAUACAGUUAGUAAUUAUAUCAUUGGGCAGUCAUGGUAGUGUAAAGAAUUGAAAAAUGAGAGGACUAAGGUAAUUUGCUUUACCAACAAAAGAAAAUCAUGACUGUCCAAUGUAUAAUCUCAGUAAGUAUGAAUUUUCUCUGUGUAGAAGUCUACUUGAUAUUUUGCCUUCUAAAUUGAUUAAUAAUAACCAUGAUAUGUAAUUGAACCAAUCUUUACUUGGCGAUGCCUCCAUUUAUCUAUAUCGCAUAUGCCCACCCUCCUGCUGUCAAUGAAAAUCGGCUGCCUUCCUUGUCUCUUCUGAACGAAAAUCCUGUAAACCACUGGCUCAUGGCAAACAACGGCUGUCAUUGGCUGGCUGCUGUGGUGUAUGAUGGGAAAUUGAAUUUGAAUUUGAAUGAUGGCUGAAUAGGACCAACAUGAGAGCAGCGAACGGGGACCGAGUAUUGUGGAUGAUGCCGACGGACAUCUCAUUUAUCACCCUGGAGAUAUUCUGCAAGCUAGAUGUACUCAUCUUUUCGUAAUGUUUAGCCUAGCAUAUUAUAUCUCUAUGUCUUUUGUAUGAGGGAGAUUUUCCUCAAGUAUUCAUGAGAGAAGUAUGCCCUAAUCGUUGUGUAUACAGAGUCGGCUAUAUUAUAUUUUGUUUAUUCUCAUGGGAUUGUUCUCAAAAUUUGGUGUUUCUUUCAAUUCCUUAUUUAAUGAAUUGAAAAUCUAAAUGCUAUGAAGUACGCAUUUGGUAAAAGCCUUACGGCCAGGAAUUGACAAAUUGUGUUAUAUGUUUUAUCCUCAAAAUACUACUAUUCUUUACCCAACAGUUUGUACUCACAUUUUUUUUUAGUAUAUUUGAAAAAUGAGUGCAGUUUCACAUGGCAUAUACAAAAUCGAGACUAGCUAGAAGGGUAACUAGAAAACGUGGUUGGGUGUUGAAUAAUGUAGUGAUUUGAAGCCAUAUGCCUGGUUGUAACUGAUUGACUUUAACUCUUUCAGAUGAGAUUGUUUCCACCCUAGGAGAGGGCACUUUUGGCAAAGUUGUGGAAGUAAAAGACAUCCAGAAGGGAGACGAAAAAUUGGCAUUAAAAAUCAUCAAAAAUAUAGAAAAAUAUAGAGAAGCAGCAAAAUUAGAAAUUAAUGUCCUUGAAAAGAUCAAAGAAAAGGAUCCUAAUGGGCAGUUGUAAGUGUUGUUAGUUUUGUGGAUCCUAAUGGGCAGUUCUUAUGUGUUCAGAUGAAGGAAUGGUUUGACUACCAUGGACAUAUGUGUAUAGCAUUUGACAUGCUUGGUCUCAGUGUAUUUGACUUUCUGAAAGACAACCAUUAUCUUCCUUACACGAUUGAUCAAGUGAGACACAUAUCAUACCAGCUAUGCUAUGCAGUUAAUUUUCUACAUGAAAACAAGCUGACUCACACAGACCUAAAACCAGAAAACAUCUUGUUUGUGAAUUCCGAAUAUGAUGUAACAUACAACCAAAGGAAGGUAACGUGUGAAGAAUUAGGAAUAAAAACGAAACGAGACGAGCGCAAUAUUAAAAGCUCGGAGAUUCGGUUGAUCGACUUUGGUUCUGCAACAUUCGACCAUGAGCACCAUAGUACAAUUGUUUCCACCCGCCACUACAGAUCACCAGAGGUCAUAUUAGAGAUGGGAUGGGCCCAACCUUGUGAUGUGUGGUCCAUUGGGUGUAUUAUGUUUGAACUCUACACUGGUUUUACAUUAUUCCAAACUCAUGACAACAAAGAACAUUUAGCAAUGAUGGAGAGAAUUCUUGGCACUCUGCCAUACAGAAUGAUGAAGAAAACCAAAACAAAUUUUUUCUGGCAUGGGCGCCUUGAUUGGGACCCCACCUCCUCCGCAGGGCGUUAUGUACGGGAAAACUGCAGGCCUUUGUAUCACUAUCUACGUGACAAGGGCUCAGAACAUCGCCAGUGUCUAGAACUGAUAGAAAUGAUGUUAGACUAUAUACCCAAUGAACGUGUCACUCUGAAGGAGGCCAUGAAGCAUCCAUUCUUUCGUCCUAUUCACAAACAGUAUCCCGGUCGUUAUCCUUCCUUUGAUGAGAUGCAGUCAAUGUCCACAGAGAAGGCUGCAGACGACGAGGAUGAGAAGGAUGGGAUAUGCAGGAGCAAAAGUAGAAGUAAAGAGCAAGAAAAGAUGGAGCUUGAUAGCAUUCCUGAAAAACCUGAAAAAAUAACUGCCGAGUUGAAAAUACCAGAUGUGAUUGUAGAGAGGCCAGAAAAGACUUUGUAUGAAAUGUUUCCAGGAGUUAAGAAGUUACAGGCCAAACAUGCAGAGAAUGUGUUUUCCAGUGAGGUGAAGCCAAAAGCAUCAGACGAAAAGAUUGACACUGAUCAGUCUCUCAAUGUACUUGAAAAACAGGAUUCUCUGGCUAGUUCAGAAAGUGACUUGGAUAAGCUUUCGAAAACCACUGAUAAGGAUACACUAGCAGUGGACAAUAAUGUGGAAUCUGUUCCAAAGGAACGCAAGAGAAGGAGCAGAAAGCCAUCUCCAGACACUCCAAAGCCAGAUGUGGAGGAAUCAGAAUUUGUGCAGGAAGCCCGAAAAGCUAGGCGAGCACGAAGAGCAGAGAGGGAGGCCAAGCUUGCGGCAGAAAUGGCAGAGCAUGAAGAUGCUGCUGAGGCUCGCCGAGCUAGGAGAGCAAAGAGAGGAGUCUUGACUGCUGACCAACUGUCGGAGGAAAGCACAGAAUCUGACCAUUCAACUGUCCGCCAGGGGAGAAGGUUGAAGAGAACAGAAGCUGUAAAUGAUGAUUCAUACGACCCUGAAAAACCAGAUGAUAAACCAGAUGCAAUAAGUGAGAAGACAACCAAAACUGCAGAAAAUGAAGAAAAUUUUAGACUCCCAACACAAAAUACAUCCACCGAUGAGGAUUUGUAUACAAGGCUUGCUCGAAAAGCUCUUAAAGCUGAAUUUGAGAAAGAUGUAGAUGGCCAUGGGAGAAAAGAUUCUUUGCCUUCUGCCGGUCAUCCAGCAGCUUCCGAAUCUGUCAAGGAAACGAAAAAGGAAGAAUCGCCAUCAACUCGCAGACGAACAAGGCUAGAGGAAAUUGAAAAAGAAAUCGCUGAGGAAGAAGCUAGAGAAGAAGCAGAAAGAAGGGCUCGUAAAAACUCUCGCCAGGAUGGACCAGAUCCACUUAAACCCAAACCUGAGCCUAGCAUGAGGAGUAUAUUUGACUUCUUCAAAAAAUCCACUCCAGAUUCUGUCAUUAAGAUUUAUCCAGAUUUAUCAUCUAAAAAGAUAAAAUCUACUUCGCCAUUAGUAGAACAAGGUGAGAUAAAACCGCUUGAAAGUUACUCAUCAGAAACAUGUGAAAAUAGACCUAGUUCCCUUGUAGAUGUAGUUGCCCCUAGUGAGCCACAUUUAUUACAGGAGGAGAACAGCAUUCUGUCGAAAGAGAAUGCAAAGGAUACGACUCCUUCACAGGAAGGAAGUGACACCCAGGUCAUGGUUACGCCACCUACUCCUACCACGGAGCAGAAAGUCCUGCAUUCACCUCAUCUAGGUGAGGAGGAAAACCAGAAACAGGAUGUACCAAAAGAUGUUGAUGAAGAUAAAGUUGUGUCUGACAUCCAAGAUGAUGUUCCAAUGGAGACAAAAGAGGAGACUAAAGAGCAGGCAGAAGCAAGUGAAGUUCAAGCAGUGGCAAAUGAUGAUGUGGAAAUGAGUGAGGCAGGUGAACAAUCAGAGGAAAUAGUUAGCUCAUCAGUGGAGGCAAAUGAUGAGCUUGGUGCUGCACAGUCUGAGGAAGGAUGUGCUGAUGAGGAAUCUAUUGUACAGUCUGUGGAGAAAGAGACUGAUGACCUUGAGAAUGAUUCAGAUGAGUUCAAGUCAGCUUCAGAAAGCACUUCAUCUUGUGCUACUCCACUGGAGUCUGUAAAGCCUAGUAAACCCUUGAAGCCCUGUGAUUAUUCCAUGUUUGUUGAACCAGGUCCAUGUCAGAUCUAUCUAGAGCCUGAACCACCUGAUAAUGUGGAAGCACAACCUGCCUGCACUGGUGACAGUCCAUCUGUCAAAGAGGGGGAGUCACCAAAAGGCGACAAGAAAAAACGUCGAAGGAGACCAAAAAAGAAAAAGAGUUCUGAUAAAAUGGUCACUGGUGGUGGGGAGGAGGAAACCUGUUGUUUUUUAGGGAAACCCGGCCUAGAUUCACCACUUAACCCUCAGACAGAGCCCUCUGGUGGGGACUCUGAGCAGACGGUUGAGUGUUCACCUCAGAUGUCUCCAGCUAAUGUUGGAGGAGACACGAGUCUAGGCCGGGAUUCUGGCUGUGUAGAUCCACAAAAUUCCAGUGUUGAAGCCAUUAAUGAUCCAGGCCAGGAAGAGAGUAAAUAUGUGACUAGGGGAUUGAAUUCCUUGUGUGUUCCCAUGCAGUCUCAGCUUGAUGUUGGUGGAGACAAGAGGAACAGCAUUACAUAACGGAACCGGAGAACACUGACCACAGAGACUUGUUUGAUCUCAUCUGGUGCAUGUUGAAUUACUGCCCAAAGGACCGCAUCACUCUGAGGGAAGCCUUAAAACACCCAUUCUUUGCCAAGUAUAACUCUGCCAGUGGCUUGCACCUGGGGGGAGAAGAGGACCGCGAGAGGUCAAACAGCAUCAGCAGGUGACUAACACUCCCAUCCUAGAGAAAUCUGGGCAUCAACAAAAUUGUCAGGAGGACACCUCAAUGGCAUUAGUAUAGAUCCCGCGUCAGAUAUUGCUGUACCAUGUUGAUACGAAUGCUCCCUGGCCAUGCUGUUUUCCUAAUCCUUUCGUCGUCGGAAUCCUGGUUGAAGUUUCGACGUAUUGGAGCAGAAUCCGACGGUGUGCCUAUGUUGGUGAUUGGGACAAGCUGAACAUUUGCUGGUGCUGCUUUGAACAGGGUAGGGAGACCAGCCAAAGCAUGUUCUACGGACUGAACCCCUAUAUGUUGGUGCUAUUGCAAAUCAUGCUUCUUCUUUUUUUCUCUUGAGGACUGGCAAAGCAGAUCUUGUGAGAGUGUGCAUGUUGUAAUAGAGUAGAUACUUUGUAAAAGAUGGAUGAGUGUAGACUUCCAGUGUCAGACCAUUUUAAUUUAUAUAUGUCCAAUUUUACAUACAUGUAAUUGUAUGUUAUGUGAUAAAUGUGCAAAGUUUUAACAUGUUUGAAACAAAGGCUAAAUGAAAUCUUGCAGAGCUGAUCAAAAGAAUUGUUUUUAUUAUAUAAUGGAAUAUUCCUCGUUGGCUGAGAGAGGUGGGAAUGUCUAUUUGUUCUGACGUCAGUGUUCCUGUGGGUUUCGUGUAUUUCUCGCUCAGUGCCUAUAUAGUUUUACGCAAGGUUUUGUUUCAAUACUUUAUGUUCAGUCGUAAUAAAAUGUCAAUAAAAGUCACUACAUGUU